AUGUCUAUCGCCUCGCCCACCCUGCCGCCUGACAUCGACCUCGAGGCCCUGAUCCAGAGCUUACCCGCGUGCAAGCGGUGUCGCGAGUGCCGCCGCGGCUGCGACACGCUCCUACCCAAGUGCAGGCAAGUACCGGCGGCGGGCUUGCGACGGCGGCGCAUGCUGACAGCGGCAGGCAAUGCACGAAAGCGGGUGUCGAGUGUUCGUUCUACGACCAUGGCAGAGACGAGCUGCUACCGCGGAGGUGCGCCUCAUCCGCCCACUGUUGUACCGUUGUACCGCGUCGCUAAGUCUGGCAGUUACAUCGCGGAGCUAAUUGAUCACGUGCACAAGCUGAAUGCUCGCGCAAAUCCUUCGCCCGCUGCCUCGGGUCCAACAUCCCAGGACCCGCCUGCGUCUACCCCGACUUCCCUUGCGAAGAAUGAAAUCUUCAGGACCGAGUCUGUCGUCUCGGAAACCCCAGGCCACCCGGUCCAUCCGGAGCACUACUUUGCCGAAGCCGCGGGAAGCUAUCGCUAUCUGGGUUCCGAAGCUUGUCUGGUCAAGUCUCCGCGCCAGAAAGCCAAGGAACUGAACUGGCCCAGCGAAGAGGACGAUGACUGGCGAAUCAGCAUCAGACAAUCCGAUGCCAAAAACCAUGAGCUCGUCGAGGUAUAUCUCGAGCAGAUCCAGACACUUUACCCUAUCUUGGACCUAUCAGCGCGCUAUCUAGGCCCCGAACUGCCAAAUGAUCUGACCGAGGUUGAACUCUUCGACCUCAACAUGAUUUAUUCCAUUGGCUGCCACGUCACGCCUCUAAUUCUCAGCAAGAAGAUCAGGCAACGAGAGGAUUUCGGAAAGCUGUGGAACCCUUCGGAUGAUCAGCUUUGGAACGUUUCCGGUCGCCAUACUUAUCGCAUGGCCCAUACUCAAAAUUAUACACUCUUGGCGCAACACUUUCUUGAGACUGCUGAACUUUACAUGGAGGCUGCUACAGCUGAUGCGACAAUCCAGGGUCUGCGGGCUAUCCUACUCCUUGCCAUUAAUAGUCUAUUCGAUCCUUUAAAAGGCAACAUUGGACAGCAGAUUGCACUUGCGACGAGGCUCGCAAUAGCCCUGGAGCAAAAGGGUCAUGAAUUGAGCCCGAAUGAUAUGAUCACAAUCCGUCGUAUGCAUACUACCAUUUUUAGCUUGGAGAACGAAAUUGCGACCGUUCUGGACCGGCCUGCCACAUUCCCAGAACCUGUGAGUCAUUAUCGGCAUUCACAGGAUCGUUGA